GUUCUUGGUCACCUCUCUUACCAAGGCCCUUCUACCCCGAUUGCUCAGUUUGGUUGGGCGGCCAGCACUAGGAAGUGUCCUGGUUGUUCCAAACUUCUAUUUAAGAGUUAUGGACUCCACUGUGCUCCUGGGAACCUUCAAUGCAGCCAGGAUUUUUUGUAGCCAUCCCCAGAUCCGUGCCUUGACACAAUCCAGUCUCUGAGCUCUGCAGGCAGUUCCUUUGACCUCAUGGCUUGGUUUUUGCUCUGAUAUGCAUUUACAGCUGUGGGAUCUUAUAUAGACAGAGUCACCGUGAAUCAUCUAUAUGGGCCAUCUUCUCUCAAAGAAUGGUAACGGCCUGAAGAAGAAGACACGGAAGCUGCGCAAAAAGAAGCGGAGGAGGAACUGCUUCCUUCAGGGUCCCUGCAUGCUGUGCUUCAUCGUCCACGGCAACAGCGGAAGCAUCGAGGACGACUGGCCCUUUGAGAACAGUUGCGGCGGCUGCGCGGCGGCGACGGCGUCCAAACUCGCCGAGCGCUACGCUUCGUUGAACUCGCCCGAGGACUGUGCCAAGUUCCUUUUGUCUCCGGGAGAGCUUGCCAUUUUUGAGGGCCAGGGAAGAAGUCUGCUGUCCGCCGUGCCAGCCAAACUGAUCAGACCCCCGGCGCUGUUCUGCGCCGUCGUUCCAGCUGCAGACUACGUUGAAAUGGUGUGCAAGCGCAAGUGUGCUGAGCUGCAGCGGUGCACGCCCCGCAAGCAGCCGCGCUGUGCCUUCCAGGAGGCCAUGGAGAACGGAGAGGCGCGAGGAGAUGCUGCCGCUCCAGACAACCAGUGCCUCCUGCCCUCACUCUGCCCCCUGCCUUCAUCCUCCUCGUCUUCCUCUCCGUCGGAGGAGUACAGCUGCAGCGCAGGGCCGCAGAUGGAUGAGGGCAGUGUGGCGACCUCAGCGAGCUCUUCCUCUUGCUGUUGCGGGCUGUCCCAGAAUGACGGCUUGCAGGAGGGAAAGAGUAUUGAAAAUACAGACACGUACCACAUUAACCAACUGCCCUCUUCCAUACUUCUCAAGGUGCUUUCUCACCUGUCAGUUAAGGAGCGAUGUCUGGGAGCGUCUCUGGUGUGUAAGUACUGGUGUGAUCUCUGCUUAGACUUCCAGUUCUGGAAACGGAUCGACCUCAGCGGGCUCCAGCAGGUUAAAGACGAUCUCCUGGUGAAGAUCGCAUCGAGGAGACAGAACGUCACUGAGAUCAACAUCUCUGACUGUCGGAGCGUUCAGGAUCACGGCGUUUGCUCUCUGUCUUCUAACUGUCCAGGCCUGAUUAAAUACACAGCGUACCGCUGUAAACAGCUCAGCGAUGUGUCGCUCUGUACGGUGGCUCUCCACUGCCCGCUUUUGCAGAAAGUUCACGUCGGCAACCAGGACAAGCUCACAGAUCAUGCUCUUAAACUGUUGGGUGAACAUUGUAAAGAACUGAAGGACGUGCAUUUCGGCCAGUGCUACAGCAUCAGUGAUGACGGUUUGGUGGCACUGGCGCAGGGUUGCACCAAACUACAGAGAAUCUACAUGCAGGAGAACAAACUGGUGACGGAUAAAUCUGUGCAGGCGUUUGCAGAAAACUGUCCCGGGCUGCAGUUUGUGGGCUUCAUGGGCUGUUCGGUGACGUCACAGGGUGUCAUUCACCUCACCAGGCUUCAGCAUCUCAGCAGUCUUGAUCUGCGGCACAUCUCUGAACUCAACAACGAGACCGUGAUGGAGGUGGUGAGAAAGUGCCGGAACCUGACGUCCCUGAACCUUUGCCUCAACUGGACCAUCAACGACAGAUGUGUGGAGAUCAUCGCUAAGGAGGGCCGGAGUUUGAAGGAGUUGUAUCUGGUGUCCUGCAAAAUCACAGACCACGCGCUGAUUGCCAUUGGUCAGUACAGCAGCACUAUAGAGACGGUGGACGCAGGCUGGUGUAAGGAGAUAACAGACCAGGGCGCCACACAGAUCGCCAAGAGCAGCAAAUCUCUGCGUUACCUGGGACUGAUGCGUUGUGAUAAGGUGAACGAGGAGACCGUGGAGAGAUUGGUUCUGCAGUAUCCUCACAUUGUGUUCAGUACAGUGAUGCAGGACUGUAAGAGGACGCUGGAGCGAGCCUAUCAGAUGGGUUGGAGCCCCAACACGUCCACCGCAUCCUAACACACACGGCUGCAGAAUCAUUAUCAUUGAUAUAGCGUUUAUUUCGCCUUCCUUUAAGAAACAACAUUAUGCAGCAGAAACAUCAAUACAGUGCUGGCGCCGUUUGAAAUGAACAUGAAUUUGCACUAGCGGUGAACAUGCAGGAGUUAUUCAGAUGUAACAUGCAGAAGUGCAUUGAGUGAAUCUCACAAAACCUGAAAAAAAAAAAAAAAAUAUGAUAAAAGAUUCAGCCUAUCUAUUUUUGUGACAUUAUUUCAUGACAAUUAAAUGCACCCCCCCACACACACACACACACACACACACACACACACACACACACAGAAUGUUUUACUUGAAUUUUAUUGGACUCUCAAUAUGUCAGCAUAAAUCAGCAUCAGUUAGAGGCAGUGCAACAAACACUAGCAUGAUGUUUAAAUACUUUAAUAUCAUAUUUUUUUGGCAUUCAAUAAAGAGAAUUCUGGCCCUAAAAAUCAGCUACUGUAAUUCUCAUCUCUUCAGUUAGACGUGUUCCUGACAGGUUUUAUGAUUCACCCUUUCAGUUUGUUAAUAGUCUGUGUUCAGUUAAAUACGAUGCACUUCCAUUAGAAGACUCUCUCUCUAAAAAGACUCCACAUGACUGUUUGGAGAAACAGUUUUAGACAGUUUGCUGAUCGACCAUGAAACUCUCUGGCAAGUCGAGUUUAACGCUUGGAAACUCCAUCAAGAGCGAGUUCGACUCUGAAUGUUUCCACGUAACUAUUUUGAAGAAUGCGCUCAUGACUCACAAUUGUUAACGUUACCGACGGUCUUUGAUUCCGAAUAUUUCAGCAGCAAACCGCACUGAUCAGAGCAUAUAUGUUUAUGUGAUAUAGAAAUAGAUUAAAACACACGGGACGAGAUAUGUAAUGCCUUCUGUUGUUGAUUUCAUUUGAAGAUAAUGUCGUUUACUCUCGUGAUACUGUAACCAGUGGUUUGGAGUUGUUUGGAAGUACAGUGAUGAUGUAGGAUUGUUUUGUUUUGUUUCUUUGAGAAAACUCGAGGUAUGUACACCAUAUGGAAUUCUGCAUAACCUAUGAAUAUUUGAUGAUGUCAGGCUGUGAUGUAUAUUCACCUGGAAUGUAAUCAAUGAGAGCUGUUUGAGGUCGAGCGGUUAGUUACUGUACUCAUCUACCCUUCUUCUGUUUCACAACUUGCCUGUGAUGUUUUCUCAUUCAGAUGACCAGGGUAUUUUUCUAUGGUAUAUAAUAGCUGAUGCCUGUAGUGCUCACACUGUCACACGUGAAGACUUUAGUUACAGUGUUCUCUUUUACUGUUCUUGGGGAUUUGAGUCAAUUAAAAAACACAAUUCUACUUCA